CUGCCUCCCUCUGAGACUGUACGCAAUAGCUCCCCUUACCUUCCUCUGGCCUUCUGGGCAGGGCGGUGUUUCAGUUUCUUGGAGCACAACAUGCAACAGAGAAGCACCAUUUCUGCCUCAAGACGCGUGUAAAAAGGUGUAGAUCUAGAUGCUCUCCUUGUCUAGAUGGAGCCCUCAGGCACCCCAGAGUCCACCACCUCUUUUGAUUAUGAUUAUCAGAGCUUUCUGUGUGAGAGCAAGACCUUCACCUUUGCCACCUUCAGUACCACCAUCCUGUACUUGCUGGUGUUCCUCCUCAGCCUGGUGGGCAACAGCCUGGUGUUGUGGGUCCUGGUGAAGUAUGAGAGCCUGGAAUCCCUCACCAAUGUCUUCAUCCUCAACCUGUGCCUCUCAGAUCUGGUGUUCUCCUGCUUGUUGCCAGUGUGGAUCAUGGCGUACCACUGGGGCUGGGUGCUGGGGGAUUUCCUCUGCAAGCUCCUCAAUAUGAUCUUCUCCAUCAGCCUCUAUAGCAGCAUCUUCUUCUUGACCAUCAUGACCAUCCACCGCUACCUGUCAGUGGUGAGGCCCCUCUCAUCCCUGCGUGUCCACACCCUCCAGUGCCGUGUGCUGGUGACCACGGCCGUGUGGGCAAUCAGCAUCCUGUCCUCCAUCCCUGAUGCUGUCUUCCACAAGGUGUUUUCUUCAGGCUGUGACUACUCAGAAAGCAAGUGGUUCCUAGCCUCAGUCUACCAGCACAACAUCUUCUUCCUGCUCUCCAUUGGGAUUAUCCUGUUCUGCUACGUGGAGAUUCUCAAGACCCUGUUCCGCUCACGGUCCAAACGGCGGCCCCGUACAAUCAGGCUCAUCUUCACCAUUGUGGCAGCCUACUUUCUCAGCUGGGCUCCCUACAACCUGGUCCUGUUUCUGCAGACACUUCUGAAACUUGGGGUCAUCCAGAGCUGCGAGCUCAGCCAGCAGCUGGAUUAUGCCUUGCUCAUCUGCCGCAACGUUGCCUUCUCCCACUGCUGCUUCAACCCGGUGCUCUACGUUUUUGUUGGGGUCAAGUUCCGCAGACAUCUCAAAAGUCUGCUCCAGCACUUCUGGCUCUGCCGGCAGCAAGCAGCCAGCAUUCCCCAUCACUCCACAGGCGCCUUCAACUACGAGGGUCCCUCCUUCUACUGAAAGGGAGUUUGGUGUGCCAAUGGAGGUGGACAGAGCUGCUGGAGUGGGAGGAGGGAGAAGUGGGCCAGGAAGGAACAGUGUGGAGGGCACCCUGGGAAUGCCAUGGCCAUGGGGAUGGGGGUGAAAGAAAUACCUUCCUCCAUCAGGUUCUUCAUGUCUCCUCUUCUGCAGACAGUGGCUUCCACCUGGAAAUUUCAUAUUGCCAUCUAGAAAAACAUUUCUUGGAUUCUGAGUUCAUCAUUCAUUCCUUCCCUAAUUCAUUCAUUUAGACAUUGUUUAGUCCAAAAGUUUCCAAAACUUGGAAGGAUUCCCAGAAAGGAGGAUCCUUUAAGACUUUGUGAGGGUCUGAGACUCAAUGUGUAUGCUGUUUGUGCAGAUGCAGGCUGAUGGUAGAUGGUCUGUCCCCUGCCUGCCUGGAGGGUUGUACCAGCCGACUUUGGAGGGGUUGGCUCUGCACUCCUCAGUGACUGCUGGGUGAGACUGUUCUGCAGGGUCAAGAUAAGCCCAUCCUCAAAUUAGCAAGUCAGAACACAAUCUGGAUUCUGAAAACCCGUAACUAGAUGGGAGACAUGUUCCAUCUGAUAGCUCCAGUGUCUGCCAUGUGAACUGGCACCUGCAUGUUCAGCCCGUCAAUAAUCUUUUGUGGAAAGAAUGAAUGCAAUAAGAGCCACCUUCCGCGUGAAGCAUUUGUUUGCAGGACAUAAAGAUAAUGAGAGAUACUGUCACGACCCUCCAGGUACCAACAGUCCAGCUCUGAAGGUCCAGAUAAGUAAACACCCACCUUGGCCAAGGCAUCCAGGAUGAAGAUGCCUGCAACAUCUCAUCCUCUCUGGAUGGAUAUUGAGCUGACACUUUAGAUUCAUUGCUUUCCACCUAAAAUGUUCUCCACCUGCUUGGUUGACGGCACCAGCUCCCCCCAGCCACUGACACUCCAAACUUGAGUCAUCUCUGAGUCCUGCAUUUCUCUUCCCUCCACUCCCACAGCCAAGUCCUGUUGACUCUGCCUUCCCCAUGUCCCUCAGAGUUGUUCUUGCCCAUGUUCAUUGCAUGCCUAUGGUUCCAUCCCCAAAUGACCUCACUUCCUCAGCAUCCUCCUGCCAUUCAUCUCUUUCCCCACCAAGUGUCCUCUGAAUUGACACCAGGGUGCUUCAGAACCCUCAGUGACUCAUUAUAUGCAAAUAAAGCCCAAACACCUCAGCACGUCUUUCAGGGCCCCUGCAAUCUGGUGCCAAUGAACUUUUCCACUGUUAUUCCACCUUCUGCCAUCACCCCCACGCAGCUCGCAGCUCGGGAUCCAACCACAAAAGACCACACCUUUCUCCUAUCCUUCCAGACACCCUUCCCCCGGUGUCCUCUGGGCCCCCGUUAUGCAGUCACUGGGGCCUGGAACACUUGUCCUUCUACUCUGUUACCUACAAACCCCAGCUGAAAGACCAGCUCCUCAGGAAGCCCUCAGCACUCUGCUUGUCCCCUCUAAAAGAAUAUUUGUCACUCUCUGUCAUGUGUCAUAGUUACACUUGUGCAUGUCUUAUCUUCCUGUCCCAUAGGACUGCAGAGUGCCUGAGGGCAGGAACCUGGUCUUGCACCCUCCCGAGCGUGGGCCCUGUAUUCUAACAAUAUGUAUUGAGUGCGAGCAAAGAAGGACAGCUGUCACUAUUCUUCUAUUUUAUGCAUUUUGGGACCCAUGCCUAGGGAACACAGUCUACCUUUCUUGCCCCAGGCUACUAGUUUAUAGAUACUAAUCUUUCUUCCCUAGUCUAUGCUCUCAGAGCACCAUGCUUAUCCCUCUCUGUGGCAAUGGCUAUACUUGACCUUGCUUUGUAGUUAGUGGUACACAUGCCUGCCUCUCACACUGUCCCAUAGUGUCAUAUCCCAGGACAUAGAUAAAACCCAUCUUUGAAAUUUUCCCCUACCACACAGACCUGAUCCCAAUCUGAUUCAGCUCUGGAGUGGGGCCUUUGGAAAAGCUCCCCAGGUGAUUCUGACCUGCACCCCAGUUACGUAUAUUUGGCUGUAAGGCCUUGAAAAUGGGAAUCCCAAAGUCUUUCACAAUCUCUUGAGCAGGACUUUGCACACAGUAGGCACUCCAUAUAUGACUAUUGAAAAAGGUAGCUACUAUUACAACCGUCAGCUGGAGACUAGAGAGCAUGUAAAGCUUUCACCCCUUCAGCUCCAGCUACAGUUUCAAUGAUGCAUUUGCAAUUAGGUGGCCAGCUUUAGAGGCAUUUUACCUGGCUGGGGAAGACUGAAGGUCUAGUUUUAAAAAUUAGGCCAAUAGCACCUGUUGGAGAGGACUGGGUGUUGUAUCAGUGAAGGGAUAAAGCUCUCAUGGACUUGGCAGCUAAUAGGUGAGGACAUCACUCACCAUAGAUAGAAGAAACAGCAAAAGGAAGGAGACAAUGAGGUAGUUGUGGGCUCAGAGCUAAGCCUGUGGGCUUCUGAUCAGGGUAAUCAUUCAGUGCUCCUUUCAAACUUAAUAUUCUUAAAAUUUUGUCCAACCUUUAUUCAGAGGGCAGGCUGAGCCCACAGAGAAGAGGGACAGGGGACUUCGGCUCCGAAACCAAAGCACUGUGAUCUUAACCCCACUCUUCCUAAAAGGCAGGUUUUGGGGUCUCACACCACUACAGAGCAUACCUUUUGAGAAGUUUGCUUCAUCAUCUCACCCCACCCCAUUCCUUCACAUCCAAAGAUGCUUCGCUAAGUAUUUCUUUCAACACAUUCAGCCAUACCCCUGAGAACAUGUCACUAAAUACAAUCGUGUCCAUCUCUUUACAUUUCUAGUGAUGUUUUGUCAUCCCCAAGGGUAGAGAGUGGAGUGUCUUCUUCUAAUCUAGUUCCUUGGGAAUCCAAGGGCAGAGGCACAGAGAGGCAGAGGUGUGAAUGGGAAGACAGAGGGGCUUCCCAUCAGGGAGGGAGCUGUGGGCAAGACCUCUCAAAAGCGCAGCCAGAGAGCUGCAUACGAGUGGCCACUCUCUACAUACGUUGACCACACCCUCAUUGGCCACAACCUCCUGCACUCCCCUCUCUCCAACCACAGAACUGCGGUUCAACCUCAGCUAAACUCUUGUGGGCCCAUCCCUCCCCCUCUAGUCAAUCAGAGGUGCCCUGGACACAGGGCUUCAGACCUCCUGCCACUCCUGGCACACAAUCCACAGUGGUUCCUAGAGAAGAUGUCUUCAGGGCAUUUCUACCUCCCCACUCUCUCAGGCAAAAUCGGGAAGCGAGGAACCUUGCUGGUCUCUGAAUAGGAACUCCAAGCCCAGGGCCGCCCCAGACCUCAGAUGACCCCGGCCAGAGUAGAAGUUCCUCAAGGGCACAAGCCUCAUGUUGCAGCUCUAGAACCUCCCUCGGUGUCCUGCAGUGUUUGUGGUUGGUUGAGUAAGUGGACAGGAGACCAUCUUUUUGGCUUUUUUCUACUUCUGUUUUUUUCUUUCCACACUUGCUUGUGUUACAUCUUCCGGUCAACCCCAGACACCACCCAAUGGCUUCCCAUGAACUUUUCCCUAGAGCCCAUCUGCCCAGACAUUGCCUGGUUUGCCGAACUCCUGACAGUUUUCAUUUGUGGAACCUUACCCAUGGCAGGACAAGGAGGCCCAUGAGUCUGGAAAAGCCCAGCAGAAGCGAUGCCAAAGUAGACUGAGAAGGCUCUCAGGAUCUGAGCCCUGGACCCAAACCCCAAUUCCAAGCUCCUUUACUGACUCACUGUGACCUUGGGCCUCGCAGACCCUCAGUGUCCUCAUCUGGAAAACUAUAAAUGCCAACGACACAAAGACAGACUCUACCCAGACCAUGGAGGCGCACAUGAGGUCAUAUGCAUAAAAGUAGUUGCUUUGCCAGUGAUUCAGCUCUAAAUAGGAAUUACUACUGUAAUUGUCUCAUAGAGACAGAAAGCAUCAUUGUAUCAUGUGCGCAUGAUAAAAGAUUAGCAUGUAUGGACGCACCUCUUGCUGUGUUCCCCUCAUUUCUACCCAAGGUCAUUAUAAAAGUCUCUUAAAAGUUCUCUGCUUAUGGGGGAUCUGGAUUAGGAUUUAGGGUAGAGGGAGAAAUACAGGAGGAGGGAUUGGAGACAAAGUGUGGAACAACCCUUGUGUGGCUCAGGAUGGUGGGAAAUUGGCUCUUUUUAGGCCUUGGGCAAAAGCAUCCAGGAGGCCAAGUGUGUCCUGAGUGUUCCAGGCUCAUCUCUCCCCUGGCCUGGCACCUAAGUUGGCUGUCUUCAAGUCUAAGGUUUUUUCCUAUUUUGUGACUAAUUGUGUCAGAACAAGGACUUUUCAGAGAUCAGCCUUCCAAUCAGAAGGAAUGAUACACUUCCUGCUAGGAAUUUCAGGUAUCCUGAAAACUUGGUGGGAGAUACUUUGCAGGUUUGGGAGAAGUUUGGGAAGGGGAACAAGGGUUAUCUUGAACUCCCCUCUCUACCUUGGGGCCAGCCCAGAUUUUAGGUGCAAGGCGGCUGUAAUCCCCUCUUCCAUACCCCCAGCCCCUCCACAAAAGAAAGUGUGGCCAGAGGGACCAAAGGACAAUGGCAGCUUGGUUCCUUGACUUUGACCAUAUCAGAAAAUCAGAUUUGAGCAUCACUCACGGUUAGAAAGAAGAUACGGGCAGUGGAUGGGCAUGGAGAACUGGAUAGCUGCAAGGAUUAGAGAUGGGGCCAGGGGGUGAGAGGGGGUAUGUAGACCUCCAGAAUGUUCCUGGCCACAUGUGGAGGCCCACUUUGUGUGAAGGCAGAAGGAAGCCCAUGUUGUGGGGGGCAUGUGUAAGACCGCAAAGACAAAUUAGCCCCACUCUCAAGUUGGCCAGCCUCUGGUCAUUCCUAUUUGGGGAAAGAUUUCUAUAGCAUUACUCCAGUCCCAGGGAAAUGCUGACCCUCUUUCUAGAUGCCUUGGAUGAACAUUCUUGACUCAGAGUAAAUUACAUGGCUAGAUUGUCCACACAGUUGGGAACGCCCACCUUGAAUACGUCACCUUAAUCUUGUCAUUGAAACCAUUUCAAAGCACUUUGCAAUGAGCUAUGGGAGUUUGGAGAAGGAAGUACCCACCUGUAUCUUUCCCCUCACUUUGGUUACAAUUGGUUCAACAAUCUGCCUCUGGUUUUUUUCAAUAGUAAGGAUAAUGUGAGUUUAAAAAAAAAACAAACACUGAACAUUACUAAUUUUUCAAAGCAUCUUCUGUUUAUUUAAAAAUUAGAGGAAAUCCACAUUGGUCUUCAUAGGAAGUCACAUUCUCCUUUCUGGCUGGAACUUUAGCAAGCCACUUCCUCUCCUUAUUUAUUCAACGUAACUGGAGAGGUUUAAACUCAGUUAUCUCUAAGAUCCCUUCCUGUGAUUAAAAAAAUGAAGCGUAUGGGUCUAUAAUUCCAUGAGUUGCAUUUCCAUGAGGUUCUUUAGGGGAUACAAACCUAUAGCUUCCAGCACAUAUGGGCUGAACUGUGUCCUGCCCCUACUCCCCACCAAAUUCUUAUGUUUAAGUCCUAAUUCUCAGUACCUCUGAAUGUGACCUUCUCUGUAAAUAUGGUUACUGCAUAUGUAAAUUGAGCUCAUACGGGUGAGGGCAGGCCUAUAACCCAAUAUGACUGGUGUCCCUACAAAAAGAGGAAAUUUGGACGCAGACCCAGACACAGGGAGAUUGCCAUGUGAAGACGGGAGUUAUGCUAUCAUAAGUCAGGAACACCAAAGAUUGCCCCAACCACUAGAAGUUAGGAGAGGCAAUGGAACAGGUGCUCCCUCACAGCCUCAGAAGGAGUCAACCCUGCAGACACCUUGAUCGUACACUUCUGGCCUGGAGACCUAUUUAAGCCACCUAGGCUGUGGGACUUUGUUGUGGCAGCACGAACAUUAAUACAGGGCACCAACCUCAGUGGGCGUGUGGGGAAUUCUCGUGCAUCUCAGAGCCCCUCAUGAGGCUUCAGUGUCUACCCUGGCCCCACAGAAGAUUGCAUCUGACUGAAGCCACCCACAGGAGAUUGGAAACGGACUUUUACUGAGAUCUGCUCUGUGCCGGGCCCAGACAUUUUUACCUCUCAUAAUCAUCCUGUGAGGUUUCUGUUUCCCACCUAGACCAAGGAGGGCAUCAGGGCUCAGAGAGGUCACACUCCAACAUGCCAAGCCCCAGUCACGUGGGGUCACUGCCUGAGGCAAGGGGUCACAGCUCCGAGGACGUGGGGUCACAGCCCCUGGCACAAGGGGUCACUACUCAGAGGACACGGGGUCAUGGACCUGAGCAUGAGGUGUCACAGCCCUGAGGAUGUGAGUUCACAACCCUGGUCUGGUGGGGACAUGGCCCCAAGCACUUGGGGUGAUGACCCCAGGGACAUGGGGUCAAGUCCUCUGGCACAUGGCACCCCAAAUCAGGGGUGAUAGUUUAUUAACACUUACUUUUUGAUCAUUGAAUUCCAAUAGAUCCCUGUGUUAAGAAGUGAGGGGAUCAAAAGAUGCGAAGCCCAGGGGCGCCUGGGUGGCUCAGCCAUUAGGCGUCUGCCUUCCGCUCCGGUCGUGAUCCCAGAGUCCUGGGAUCGA